UUGGAGAUGAAGCUGGAUCCAGAAUUUUGCAGCAUAAUGACUAAAUGCUAUUUCACCAUGACUAGAUCUUCUACCAGGAUCUUGUACGUACCAGAGACGGUUUAGGACAGUCCUGUAUCAACUGCUUGUACCAUCCUGACACCUAGUGGUGGUGCCUGAACUCGUUCCUGCAAGAAGUGCGCACUCCUGACCAAAAUAAAUGCAUUGGAAAGUAAUGCAUGGAUUCCUGGGUAGUUGAGUCAUAGCAAUCGAUUAGCAUGUACAUUUUCACACAUUACUGCAUUACGUAGGUGUUGUAUAUCUCUUUUAACAAAAGGAGGAUAUUUGAGAAACAAUGGUCUAAUUGCCCAGUUGCGCAGUGUGUUUCCAUUGGAUGUUUCAGUUGCGCGUCUUCCAACCUUGAUAUCGGUAUAGAAUAACAAAUGAUCGACAUGCCCUCGUGCCAACAGAAUCGCGACUAUUUCUGAAAUGUGGGCGAGGCCUGGAAUAUUACCCAAUCAAACGUGUUUCUGUCUUUUACUAGGUUGCCACUUGUCUAAUCUGAUUGGUCUAUCUUUGGGCCAGGAGGGCUUAAUCGUCUUCUUUACAGUGGAGCAGCCAUUUUGCGAAUGUCUUGUCGGGCGCCAUAUCUAGAGAAGAAAUUGAGCACAUCGAAAAUGAUUAAAUUUCUGUUUGUUUCACCCUCCGUCUCCAAUAUUUCACCAAGACAGCAGUCAUCCGACGGGAUAUUGACAGAGAUGGGGUAUCAAAGCUGUGUUUACAGCGUUAAAACAUCAGCAUUGAAAUGAGAGGAUAAUGUCUGUUUACUGUCUCAUUGUUGAGACGUGUAACCGUGAGUUUUUUCAGACUAUAACAAUCCUUCAUCAUCUCUCACGAGCCAACGUCUCCUUUGAGUGACUGAAUGCAACUCACUCUUGUUGCGGAGAAGGGCAUUUCCGUUUCCAACCAUCAUGGCUUCUGUCAGCCUUUUCUCCAGUCCCCCUACCCCUGUUCUUGACAAAAACAUGACAGACUCUGAACUGGCAGGGGAUGAAAGGGAGGACGGUGAAUUGGAGGACGGCGAAAUCGAUGACGAGGGGAUCAGCAUAGAGGAGGAGAGCAAGGAGGCGGUUAAGGAGGAGCACGGAGGAGAGAAGGAGAAAGAAAAAGAGAAGGAACGAGAGAAGACAGAGAAAGAUAGAGACAAGGAGAAGGAGGAGAAGGUGCACAGCAGACACUCCGGCAAGAGGCGUCACCGCUCCAGGGAGCGCUCUCAGAGGAGGUCCAAGAAGAGGAGACGCGAGAAGAAGCACCACUCCCCAUCCAGCAGUUCUAGUUCCGACAGCUAUGACUCUGAGUACGAGCGGCCAGAGAGGAGGAGGGGCAAGAAGAGCGCCGGAGCCUACAGGGACCGAGACAGAGACUACGACAGCUCCUUCUCACAGCAUGGGCGGGAGCCUGCCGGGGGCCACGGGAAGGGCCCGCGCGGCUCUCAGCACAAGAGCAGCGACGUGGACAAGUACAGCGACUACAGUGACUAUGAUGAGGACGACGACUACGAUGAGGACAUGGGCCAGUACCGGCACGGAAAGGGCCCCGGCUCGCCCGGAGGCGGCAAGGGAGGAGGGGGCAAGGAUGGCAAGAGGCAGGGCAUGAAGGGACAGCAGAGGCAGCAGUAUGGCAGCCCGCGGGGGCGUGGGCGUGGUGGCAGCAUGGGCAGAGGCAGAGGGGCGAUGGCCAAGGGCAAGAAGCAGAAGGGCAAGACCUGGGGCAGGGGGAAGGGCCGUGGGCAAGAGCAGUCACCCGAGUCAGGCGCCAAGACACCCAGACAGCCCCCCGCCGGCACUGAGGGACAGGAAGGGAAGAGCCCUGCUCCCGGCUUCCAGAAGAAGCGUCCAAUCAUGACUCAGGAGUUCAUCAACCAGCACACGGUCGAGCACAACGGCCGCUACAUCUGCAAAUACUUCCUGGAGGGCCGCUGCAUCAAAGGUGACCAGUGUAAGUUUGAUCAUGAGAACGUGGUUCCGGAUAAGAAGAAGGAGCUGUGUAAGUUCUACCUGCAGGGCUUCUGCAGCAAAGGAGACAACUGCAUCUACAUGCACAAGGAGUACCCCUGCAAGUUCUUCCACACGGGAGCCAAGUGUUACCAGGGAGACAGCUGCAAAUUCUCCCAUGAUGCCCUGACGGAGGUCACACAGGAGAUCCUGGAUAAGAUCGUGACAGCGGAGGAGGAGAAUGCAGAUGAGGAUGAGAUGGAGCUUGAGGACCUGCGUAAGCAGGGCAUCACCCCGCUGCCCAAGCCGCCUCCUGGGGUCGGCCUGCUGCCCACGCCCGCCUCGCACAGCCCCCCACAGGGCGGCGGCAAAAAGAUCCCCUCCCUCUUCGAGAUCAAGGUGCAGCCCACCAUCGACCUGGCGCAGAAGAUCGGCCUCGGUGGCAACCAGCAAGGUUUCAACAACAGCUACUCUCCGAACGGAGAAGAGGGCCAGGCGGCGGCACCCCCUCUACCCCCCCAGCCGGGCUCACCAGGCCCCAUGGGUGGUCCACCGCCCCCUCUGCCCCCCAACCCCCCAGGCCAGCAACAGCAGCAGCAGCAGCAGCCGCCGCAGCAGCAGCAGCAGGGCCCUCCUCCCGGAUUCGGGCAGGGCCCUCCGCCCCCCAUGCCUCCCGGCGGCCCUCCUCCAAACCAGCCCCCGCCUCCGUUCCCUGGCAACUUGCUGAUGCCCCCCCGGCCGGGCGUCCCCUUCCCCCCCAUGCUGGACAUGGCCAUGGCCAUGAACAUGAACAUGCCCCCCAACUUCAACAUGAACAUGAACAUGAACGUGCCCUUCCCCGCGCUGGGACAGAACCCUGCAGAGUUCUUCAGUAACUUCUUUGGCAACCAGAACUCCGGGCCUGGAGAUGAUGGCCACUCAGGUCCUCCGGGUGGUGCUGAUGCUGCGCUGCAGUUCCAGGCGGUUCAGAAGGCCCUCUUCCUACAUCUCACUCAGCAGCAGCAGCAGCAACAGCAACAACAGCAGCAGCAGCAGCAGCAGCAGCAGCAGCAGCAGCAGCAGCAACACUUCCAGCAGCAGCAACAACAAAAACAACAGCAACAGCAGCAGCAGCAGGGCGAGACACAGAGGACAGAGGGACCGGGCUCUGGCUCUGACAGCAAGGACAAAGAGGAGCCUCCGUCCACCACCAACUGGUACUCGAGUGACGAGGAGGAGGACGGGGGAGGCAGUGUCUCGUCCAUCUUGAAGUCUCUCAAGAAGCAGAACGAGCUGCUCAAGAACCAGCAGCAGCAACAAGCCCCGCAGCAACAGGCCCAGCAGCCCAAACCUCCCCAGGACCCCCGGCUGCAGAAGGGACCCCCCAGCGACCCCCGGGUCAAACCGGACCCCCGCCACCGGCCCCCGGCCUCUGCCACCGGCGCCACAGAUCCCCGCAAGUCGGACUCGGACCACGCGGCAGUCCACGACCCUCGCCUGUCCCGCGACCCCCGCAAGCUGCUCAAAGCGCCCGAGUCUUCAUCAUCAUCAUCGUCGUCAGGAGGGGUGCCACCAUCUCCCCGCUCGGAUGGCCACCGUCACCCCAGCGGAGGAGGGUCAUCGUCGGGUCGAAGGUUAUCGGUUGAAGGUCGUCGGGGGGGCGACGAGGAGGAGGAGGGCGAGCGGAGGCUGCGUGACCGCGCCGUCAUCAUCCCGCUGGACCCCGCCGUUUCCACGCUGCGCGACCCCCGCUGCCAGCUCAAGCAGUUCAGCCACAUCCGCGUGGACCUGCGGCUGCAGCGGCCGGCCUUCGCCAGCAGCGUGGUGUGGGCGCCCGAGGACCUCAUCCCCCUGCUGGUGCCGCGCCAGGACCCCUCCAUCAACUUGCCCCUGCCUCCGCUCAUCGCCGACGCCCAGGCCCAGCUGCAUCGCAGCCUCAGCGGAGGAGGCUCUGGGGCAUCCGGACCUCUGUCAGACUCGCACAUCGUCACCUCUCCGACGUUGCCCUCGGCACCGCCGGAUCUGAGGCUAGCGGCCGCCCGGCUGAAGGAGGGCGGCAUGAUGGGCCGGAUGGGUGUCGGUGGUGUGGUGGCGCGGUCGGGUCUGGACGGCAAAGCGAGCCUGGAGAAGCCACUGGACCCGCGGACUCUCAAGGACCCGCGCAUGGGACGCUCCACCAGCCUGGACUCCACGUCCCCCUCUAAGCCGCCCGCACUGAAGGACUCCACGUCACCAGGCGGCGCCUUCUUGGACCCGCGGCUCCUCAGAGGGACAGCUGGGGCUUCCUCCUCCGUCACCUCCCCGACCGCCUCCUCCACCACCCCGCCUCCUCUCCCGCCCCUGGGUGGUGGUGGCAGGGCAGAACCCGACAGACUGCCCCCAUUCGCCCUGGGGGGCAUUGGGCUGUACGACUCUCGUGGCGCAACCUCUGAGCCCCCAAAGGUCGUCGUCAAGGAGACACAGGGGUCUACGACGACGACAUCGUCACGUAAGUCGGGGAUUCUGAAGCGGCUGCAGAGAUGCAACAGCAGCAGUGCUGGCAGCCCCCCGCCACCCCAGCUCUCGCCCCCACACCUGUCGGAGAACGAGGGGGACAACGGGGACAGCUCUCCCCCUGACAGCUCCUCGCCCGUCGGGACAGGCACGGGAGCCUACGCUACCGCCCCCACCAUCACCCCCUCCAUCAGCACCAUCGCCGCUACCUCUAGCCCAGUCACCUCCUCCCCGGCCCCCGCCGUGCACAACCUCCCCAUCCAGGCCCUCGCCGGACUCAUACGGCCCCCGUACGUGGACCCUCGGCAGGCCCGGCCGCCCAGCCUCACCCCUGGAGGAGCAGCGGAGGACCAGGGGGAGAAGAAGAAGGAAAAGGAGAAGGAGAAGGAGAAGGAGGAAGAAAAGAAGAGAGAGGAAGGAGUGCAAGAGAAGGAGGUGGAAAGGGAAGAGAAGAGGGAGGGGGAGGGGGAGUCUGGAGAGCAGCAGACGCCACAGAAGAUGCAGGAGGAAGACGAGCGGAUGGAGGAAGAGGCGGAUGAGGAGCUGCAUCAUCAGCAGCAACCAGAGGAGGAGGAGGAAGAAGGGAAGGAGGUGGACAGACCACUAAAAGACGUUUUUAAGACUUUCGAUCCCACUGCUUCCCCCUUCUGUCAAUGAGGUGCGAGUGCGGUUCGGCUUAAGACUCCACUACCCCCCCUGGUGGACACGGUGAACUCUGUACAUAAUCUGUACGUCUCCAGACCUCCACCCUGUCUCACCCACACACUGCACUCCUACCUAGAUGUGUCUCUUUUUAAACAUGAUAUAUUUAUUUAUUUUGUAUUGUACAUAUUCAUCGUAUUAUGAUCUUUUGAUUUUUUUUCUCUUGUGUGGUGAGUGGCAGGUGAAAACACUAUCAGUUUUAGCCUGUUGUAACUGUCUGCAAAGCUUGCAUUUGCAAUGACCCACGUCAGCCUGACAUGGCCUCUCUCCCUCUCUUGACAGAAUGGCAUUUAGUCUCACUAUAAAAUAUAAAAAUAUAUACUACAAGAUUUAAGAAAAAAAAAAAUACACAUUUCUUUUAACAGUCAUGAAAGAUUUUGCACAAAAUAUACAUACCCAUUGAAUAAAAGAUUGUCGUUCUCCUGAGGUAGUAGAUGUAUACAUGUACAAAAACAGAACAGUCUCUGCUAGUUUUCAGUUGUUGAUUGUAGUAAAACAGUCAGCCGUGGGGUUACUAAAAUCAAGACAGAAAGAAAUCUGCCCCCUUGAAAUCCUUUUGGUGAAAAUGUGUCUCAUGGCAGGCAGACAGGGCUGUUUUAAACUAUUUGGGGGCCCUAGGCAAAGAGGGACUUGGAAGGCCCUUUUUUCUGUUUAAACUUUCCUUCAAGUUGAAGAGGCAGGAGAAGAUCUUACAAUCGUCGAAACGUUGCUUUGCCAUGAACACAUGUUCAGAAAGGAUUUCAAGUAUGCUGACGUCUGUCAAUCUGAAGAGUUUUGUUUCAAAAUGACUUCAAUAUCUUUUUUUUACUUUUGCAUUCUAUUAUUGGAAAUGACUGUUCAGAUGUCCGUUCUUCUAUGUGUGAAUCUGGGCAUUCAAAUAUUUUGAGAACAUACUUGUAAGGUCAGUUAAGCCUACAUAAAAUGCAUUUUGCAAUGCAAUGCCGAAUACAAAAAUACUAAUUUCCCAAAAUGUUCCAAAAUGGAUACAAGUCAUUUUGCAGCCAAGCUCUUCAUUAUUCAGUGAAACAGAAGGGUAAACAAACAAACUGUUAUUUUUUUUACUCAGAAACAAAACUAUAUGUUACAUUUUAUUGUUUAAAUCAUUUAUGUAUGGCCAUGCGAAGGAGGGAAAAUAGAUGAUUUCACAUAAUCAUAAAUACAGAUGUUUUUCAAAAAGAUAAAAUGACACAAAAUUCAGAUGAGCUUCAUAUUCCAUGACUAUAUCAUCAGAGCCCACCACUCUGCAGCUACUAAGGGUGUGGUGUGUGUGUGCCCGUGCGUGCGUGCGUGUGCGUGCGUGUGUGUGUGUGUGUGUGUGUGCGUGCGUGCGUGCGUGCGUGUGUGUGUGUGUGUGUGUGUGUUAAUUUACCAAGUGAAUGAGGAUGAGGAACACAACACAGUCUUGCAGAGUUAAAUAAACAUGUAGAGUUAAAUUCAACACAAAUCGAGCUCAGUUACCUGCACAGAGUUUUCUUGUUUCAAACAGAAUGCUGUUAGUAUUCGGUUUAAAGCAAGUUCCA